CGGGGAUGAUUGGUUUGAGGGGAGGUGGCUUAUUAGCCGGCGCUUGCCCCAGUUUAAGGCGUACGAGCCCUGCCUUCGGGAAUUUUCUGCCCCGAAGAGACACCCAGGUGUGCAGCUGAGCCCUCUGUGCCCAGAUUUGCGGGUCUGGCAUCUUGAAAUGCUUGAUGUCACAGGUGACAAAUGGCCGUGGUAAUCGGGAGCCCCCGAAGCACCUGCCCGGCUGAUGGUAGCGGGGCUGGGGCUAGGGUAGGACUGGGAGAACGAAGCGUGACAGAUCCUAUUUGGAUAUUCCGCUGAAGUUAUGUUUCGGUUCAAGUAUACCACCUCUAGAACACAGUUUGAGGACUUCGUGAUAGAAGAGGUUUGGGAUGACCUGGUUUGACUAAGAACGUCUGGGUUAACCCAGCGAUUCCCAUUCCCCCCCCACCCCGACAUGUUCAUUUCUGCUGUCACAAACGCAGGACACGGAUGAUCCUGUGAUAGGAAAGAAGUUAGGGAUAGCAUUUCAACACAGACCUGAGCCCAAGAUUGAGACGUUUCCAGAUGAACGAACGUGUAGAAAGGUCGGGGUUGGCAGAUUGGGGGAACUUGCUCUUUGGUUGAAAACAUCAGCCGGCACCAAUACUUUAGUUUGUGUAAUCCGAUAGAUACUGAGGACUGAGUGGUCACGAUGGCCCUAGGUAGCAUUCCUCAAUUGUGUAUGAUUGGAAUUUUCAUAAAUUUACAUUUUAACCGAAGCAUCACUACUGAACAAACUCCUAGGGUGAAUCCUUGUCUGAAUCUCUCUCAUGUGUCUUUUGGAUUUUGAUAUUUGGGGUUUAUUUAAAUUGGAAUACACAUGUUUAUUUCCAUCUGGCCUUACUGUGGAGAUAAUCCUGAGUCAUGCUUUAGAGAAGUUCCUGCUGCCCUCAAGAGCUCAGAUGUCUGGUGGUCUCUGGAAAAGCUGGAUGCUCCCCUUACUGCUCGUUCUCGUUUCUGGACCUGUGGGGGAAAGAAGGAUCUAGUUGAGAUUGAAAGCAGAUUAAGAGGUGUUUUCCUCCAUAUUUACUCUGUUUCCAUGUAAAUGCCCUAAAUUAUUUGUGUUUACACUCUCUAAUUUCUCAAUUUACCACAGAAAAUUAGUUUAUGCUACUGCCACUAGUAUUUUUCCACUUGUAUAAUACUUGCCAGUUUACAAGUGGCUUUGUAUUCAUGAUCGCACUUAUUUUCUCCUUUUCCCCAUAGAAGGAGGUGGGCGUAGAGAGUGAUUUACCCAGGGUCUCAUAAUGAGGAACGGAGCCGAAUUGGAGUAUACAGGUCCUCACUGGUAAAUCCAGUUCUCUUUCUUCCGCAGUUGUCUUACAGGGUCAGCCGGUCGUUUCCACAGGAAUUUUUAUUUGCGCCGCGGGUCAGAAUUGCAGACACAGAUCUUUUCAGAUAUUCAUGGGUUGGAGUUCUUCAUGUCACUUAAUACAGAGGACAGCAGCCAUCAAUCACAUUACUUCCCUGGAAUCUGGGCUCCCAGUGACGCAGUGCUGGAGCAGAUGGAUAAUGGAGACUGGGGCUAUAUGAUGACUGACCCAGUCACGUUAAAUGUAGGUGGACACUUGUAUACAACGUCUCUCACCACAUUGACUCGUUAUCCAGAUUCCAUGCUUGGAGCUAUGUUUGGGGGGGACUUCCCCACAGCCCGAGACCCUCAAGGCAAUUACUUCAUUGAUCGAGAUGGACCUCUUUUCCGAUAUGUCCUCAACUUCUUAAGAACUUCAGAGUUGACCUUACCCCUGGAUUUUAAGGAAUUUGAUCUACUUCGGAAAGAAGCAGAUUUUUAUCAGAUUGAGCCCUUGAUUCAGUGUCUCAAUGACCCUAAGCCUUUGUAUCCUAUGGAUACUUUUGAAGAAGUUGUGGAGUUAUCCAGUACCCGGAAGCUUUCAAAGUACUCCAAUCCCGUGGCUGUCAUCAUAACCCAGUUAACCAUCACCACAAAGGUCCACUCCUUACUAGAAGGCAUCUCAAACUAUUUUACCAAGUGGAACAAGCACAUGAUGGACACCAGAGACUGCCAGGUUUCCUUUACUUUUGGACCCUGUGAUUAUCACCAGGAAGUUUCUCUCCGGGUGCAUCUGAUGGAAUACAUCACAAAGCAAGGGUUCACGAUUCGCAACACCCGAGUGCAUCACAUGAGUGAGCGGGCCAAUGAGAACACAGUGGAGCACAACUGGACUUUCUGUCGACUGGCCCGGAAGACAGAUGACUGAGCUUCUGCCCUGGGAGAAGCUCCUGGUAACGGACUUUCCAGGACAUGGAAGAGACUGAUUUUUUUUUUUUUUUUUUGAAUCACAGUGUGGGUUUUUUUUUUUAAAUAUUUGUAUUUAUUUGAAGCCUUGAGGACCAGGAAGGAAGUUGUGUGCGUUAGCAGACUCCGUGUUCGAUUUCUUCCAUCCUGAGUAUGCAUGUGCCUGCUCAGUCCCCAGAUACCUUUUUUAUAAGAAGACGUGUGCAGACCAUCAUGGUGUAUAAUCUGCCCUGGGACAGAGCCGUUUUAUUGCAGUGCUAAAAUGGCUUGUGAUUAAAUGGUCCCUGACUCACCUAGAGGGUUAAAAAUGGAGCAGUGAAAGGAUAAGCGGAGCACUGAUGAUGCCUUUAAGAAAAGUCAGAACAUCAUGGAGGGUGACUUAGUUUCCAGACCAAUAAACAGUGUUGUAAUAUUAAAGGAAAACUGUUCCAAUCAUUUAAAAGUACUUGUUAAGUACUGCUUUUUACAGUUAUGACAACUGUUUCUUUCUAUGCAUAUAAAUCAAGCAACCAAAUAUCUGUAGCCAUGGAAAUGUCUGACUAGAAAUAUUUAUAUUGGAUUCUGAAUACAAAAUGUCCCUGUGGUAGAAAUCUUACUUUUUAAUGCCUGGUGCAGUAUAAUUCUCAAGUGUACUGUCUACCAGGAAAAAGCUAAUAAAAAAGUAAAAUAUGAAAAUUAGGUUUAUAUUCAUUGCUUAUUAUUAUUUAAGGGGGAAAUCAUUUUCCUUAUCUAAAAUAUGCAUUGUUUUAUAUUCUGAUAUAUACUGUCUAUAGCACAUUUGCAUUUGAUUUGAGAGGUCUCUU